CGUGUAGUAGUGAAAAUCAUACACAAACUAUUGAGCUUUAAACGUUAGCAACAGCUUCUUCCGCCAUUGUUAAUCACUCAUAACUCAUCUCUAUUCAAUCUACUUACUACUCAAAUUUCUCACUCUUAUGGAUCUCCGGCUCUCCACUUUUCGAUUCUCAAAAAUCAUUUCUUUAAGUCCUCUUUCAACCAUCAAAUUCCGCCAUUAUCAAUCCUCCAAGUUCUUCACUAUCAGGUCAAACUUGCCAUUUUCAUCUCAGAAAGCUAAGCAUUACAAAGAGCUUGAAGCUGCUGUCAAUGUCGUUCAUAGAGCUUGUCGCAUCUCUGUUGAUGUGCAAAAAUCAUUGUUUUCUGAUGAUGGUAGGGUUUUGGAGAAGAAUGAUAAUACUCCUGUCACAAUUGCAGAUUUCAGUGUUCAAGCUCUAAUUAGUUUAGAGCUGGAAAAACAUUUCCCAGGGAUUCCCUUAGUGGCUGAAGAGGACUCUGCUUUCUUGCGUUCUAAUAAUCUAGCUGAUGCCGUGGUCAAAGUUGUCAAAGAUCAUACGAGCUUCCCACGUGAACACUUAACAGAUAACAAAGUGUUGGCAGCAAUUGACAGAGGAGGGAGUAAUGCUAUUGCUUUUGAGUCCAAGCCAGCCACGUACUGGGUACUGGACCCAAUAGAUGGGACACGAGGGUUUCUCAAAGGUGGCAGUGCCUUAUAUGUGGUUGGACUGGCACUUAUAGUUGAGGGAGAAACGGUAUUGGGGGUUAUGGGUUGCCCGAAUUGGAGAGACAACCCUUUGAAUGAAUCUCUUAUUGAUGUCAAAGAAUGCCUAAAGGAGGAAUCUACACGAGGAAUUAUUAUGGUGGCACAUUUGGGCUGUGGGACAUGGAAAAGUAAACUAUCAGACUCGUUUGGUGGUCUUAUGAGUAAGGAUAACUUUUGGGAACGAUGCUUUGUUGAUGGAUCUUCUGUAGUUCAUGAGGCACGUUUCUGCAUACCAGAAAGUCAAAAAUGGGAUUCAAUACCCCUGUCAAAUUCUCUUAGUGCAACAACCAAUCCUAAUAAUUUAGGUGAGAAGCAAGUUCUACUUCUCCCAACAUGCUGCGGAAGUCUAUGCAAAUACUUAACAAUUGCUUCAGGAAGAGCAUCUGUUUUCAUUGUUAGAGCAAGGACUCGAACUAUUAUGAAGGCUUGGGACCACGUUGUUGGCAUGAUUUGUGUGCUUGAAGCUGGUGGAAAGGUCAGUGAUUGGAGCGGGAGUGAAAUCGAUCUUGCUGCUGAUGAAACAGCACGUAGAGUUAUUUCUCCUUCAGGUGGUGUUCUAGUGAGUAAUGGAACCUUGCACGACCAGAUUUUGGAGUUACUUUCUUCGAAGUCUUCUGUUGUGUCUUAAAGAUCAAAAGGCAUCCAG